AUGGACACAAAAGGGAGCCGUCAUGUUUCAGCCUCUAAUUUGAUUGCAAAUCCUAUUCCUGAAGUAGAAGAUGGUGUUGUAUAUGUCGCUAUAAAAGGGUCAUUGCAUUCUAAUGAUUGUUCUGCAUUUGGAUUAGGACAGGAAGAAAUUAAAGCACUUAUCAAGAAAUUUCCAGGCUCUGGAUCAGAUGUUGUUAAUGGCAUUACCAUUAAGUCAAAUGUUCUUCAAGCUAUAAACUCUAUGGCACAGCUUGGAUACAAAGUUGUCUGUAGUACUGGGGAGACCGAAAUUACUUGGACCCUUCAAAGAGAUCUUUAA